AUGACGGCCUCCCGCCUGGACUUUGGGGAGGUGGAAACUUUCCUGGACAGGCACCCAGAGUUGUUGGAAGAUUACCUGAUGCGGAAGGGGAAGCAGGAGAUGGUGGAGAAGUGGAUGCAGAGGCACGGGCAGGGUCAGGGGGCGGUGGGCCCGAGGCCCAUCCCGGCCGCCAGCACAAGCGGUGGCCCUGGACCCGACGGCCCUGCCAGCAGCCAGCCCACCCCGGGCGGCGGGGAGUGUAGGGGGGGCCCCAUGGGUCCCAGCUGGGCCAGUGGCAGCCGGGGCGAUGAGAGCCUGCAGCGGAGAGCCUCUCAGAAAGAGCUGAGGAAGAGUUUUGCCCGCUCCAAGGCCAUCCAUGUGAACAGGACCUACGAUGAACAAGUGACCUCCCGGGCCCAGGAGCCCCUGAGCAGUGUGCGGCGGAGGGCGCUCCUCCGGAAGGCCAGCUCCCUGCCCCCCACGACCGCCCACAUUCUCAGUGCCCUGCUGGAAUCUCGGGUGAAUCUGCCUCAGUACCCCCCUACGGCCAUGGACUACAAGUGCCACCUCAAAAAGCAUAACGAGCGACAGUUCUUCCUGGAACUGGUCAAGGAUAUCUCCAAUGACCUUGAUCUUACCAGUCUGAGCUACAAGAUCCUCAUCUUCGUCUGCCUCAUGGUGGACGCAGACCGCUGCUCUCUCUUCCUGGUGGAAGGGGCGGCUGCUGGCAAGAAGAGCCUGGUCUCCAAAUUCUUUGACGUGCAUGCAGGAACCCCACUGCUGCCCUGCAGCAGCACAGAAAACUCAAACGAGGUGCAGGUCCCCUGGGGCAAAGGUAUCAUUGGUUAUGUCGGGGAGCAUGGAGAGACGGUCAACAUUCCUGAUGCCUACCAGGAUCGAAGAUUCAAUGAUGAAAUCGACAAGCUAACUGGGUACAAGACAAAGUCAUUACUGUGCAUGCCUAUCCGAAGCAGUGACGGUGAGAUCAUCGGCGUGGCCCAAGCGAUCAAUAAGAUUCCUGAGGGUGCUCCAUUUACUGAAGAUGAUGAAAAAGUCAUGCAGAUGUAUCUUCCAUUUUGUGGAAUUGCCAUAUCUAACGCUCAGCUCUUUGCUGCCUCAAGGAAAGAAUAUGAAAGAAGCAGGGCUUUGCUAGAGGUGGUUAAUGACCUCUUUGAAGAACAGACUGACCUGGAGAAAAUUGUCAAGAAAAUAAUGCAUCGAGCCCAAACGCUGUUGAAAUGUGAACGCUGUUCUGUUUUACUCCUGGAGGACAUCGAAUCACCAGUGGUGAAGUUUACCAAAUCCUUUGAAUUGAUGUCCCCAAAGUGCAGUGCUGAUGCUGAGAACAGUUUCAAAGAAAGCAUGGAGAAAUCAUCGUACUCUGACUGGCUAAUAAAUAAUAGUGUUGCCGAGCUGGUGGCUUCCACGGGCCUUCCAGUGAACAUCAGUGAUGCCUACCAGGAUCCCCGCUUUGAUGCCGAGGCUGACCAGAUAUCUGGUUUUCACAUAAGAUCGGUUCUCUGCGUACCUAUUUGGAAUAGCAACCACCAAAUAAUUGGAGUGGCUCAAGUGUUAAAUAGACUCGAUGGGAAACCUUUUGAUGAUGCUGAUCAACGACUUUUCGAGGCUUUUGUCAUCUUUUGUGGCCUUGGCAUCAACAAUACCAUUAUGUAUGAUCAAGUGAAGAAGUCAUGGGCCAAGCAGUCUGUGGCUCUUGAUGUGCUAUCUUAUCAUGCAACAUGUUCAAAAGCUGAAGUUGACAAGUUUAAGGCAGCCAACAUCCCCCUGGUGUCAGAACUUGCCAUCGACGACAUACACUUUGAUGACUUUUCUCUCGACGUUGACGCCAUGAUCACGGCUGCUCUUCGGAUGUUCAUGGAGCUGGGGAUGGUACAGAAAUUUAAGAUUGACUAUGAGACACUGUGUAGGUGGCUUCUGACAGUAAGGAAGAAUUACCGAAUGGUUCUGUACCACAACUGGAGACACGCCUUCAACGUAUGCCAGCUGAUGUUUGCGAUGUUGACUACCGCCGGGUUUCAAGAGAUUCUGACCGAGGUGGAAAUUUUAGCGGUGAUUGUGGGAUGCCUGUGUCAUGACCUCGACCACAGGGGAACCAACAAUGCCUUCCAAGCUAAGAGCGGCUCUGCCCUGGCCCAACUCUAUGGAACCUCUGCCACCUUGGAGCAUCACCAUUUCAACCAUGCAGUGAUGAUCCUUCAGAGCGAGGGUCACAACAUCUUUGCUAAUUUGUCCUCCAAGGAAUACAGUGACCUUAUGCAGCUUUUGAAGCAGUCAAUACUGGCAACAGACCUCACGCUGUACUUUGAGAGGAGAACAGAAUUCUUCGAACUUGUCAGUAAAGGAGAAUAUGAUUGGAACAUCAAAAACCAUCGUGAUAUAUUUCGAUCAAUGUUAAUGACAGCCUGUGACCUUGGAGCCGUGACCAAACCGUGGGAGAUCUCGAGACAGGUGGCUGAACUUGUAACCAGCGAGUUCUUUGAACAAGGCGAUCGGGAGAGAGCAGAACUGAAACUUACCCCUUCAGCUAUUUUUGAUCGGAACCGGAAGGAUGAGCUGCCUCGGUUGCAACUCGAGUGGAUUGAUAGCAUCUGUAUGCCUCUGUAUCAGGCACUAGUGAAGGUCAAUGUGAAACUGAAGCCAAUGCUGGAUUCCGUGGCCACCAACAGAAGUAAGUGGGAAGAGUUGCACCGGAAAAGGCUGCUCGUCUCCACGGCUGCCUCCGCCCCCUCUGCCAACGUCAUGGAGACCAGGGAUGACAGAAACUAA